AUGGCUCAACGACACCCGUAUACGCGGUUAGUUCACCAUUCGACAAAGAAUCUUUUGGCUUGCGUCUUUGGGGAGCAUUUUCAGAUAGUUGAUACAAGCACUGGCGCCCUGUUAGCAACGAAGACGCAUUUGACAACUACUCAGAAUACAGAGUCGAAUCAAAACCAGCCGUUCAUAAAGCAAAUAGCAUUUCAAGACAAUGGAAACUUGCUAGCAACCAGCAGUGACAAUAAGACACUGAAUAUCUGGAAUAUCGAAGGUUGGGCUCUACGAAGCGAAAGAACGGUUUCAAAGCGGAUAAUAUCCAUUGCCUUUGAAAAGAAUUGUUCGGGUAUAGCUACUGCCGACAAUACCGGUGAUGUCUAUCGCUUUCCCAUCGACGUCUCAACAGAAGAACAAAAUCCGAUAAAACCAAUUCUGGGCCAUGUGUCCAUGGUAACCGAUAUGGUUUUAUCUCCCGAUAACAAGUACGUAAUAACAGCCGACCGCGACGAACAUAUACGUGUUAGCCGCUACCCGAAAGCUUAUAUCAUCGAGACCUUUUGUUUGGGUCAUACUCAGUUUGUUGCUAAACUACACAUAAUUCCGUGGGCUACCGAUUUGAUGAUGUCGGCGGGAGGAGACGAUUACGUGGCUCUAUGGGACUACGCUAAAGGAAGACUUGUGCAAUGUUUGGAUAUAAAGCAUUUAUUGUCUCCAUCGACCAAAGAAGUUAGCGCCGAGUCCGAUUUUACUAUCAUGUCCAUUGCAAGUAGCUCUCUUUCGCGACAUAUUGCAAUUGUAAUUGAAAAGUAUCCCGGUGUAGUUAUACUCGAUUGGGAUGACGAAAUGCGCCAACUUCGGUAUAAGCAAACUCUACUUUUGGACAUCGACCCGCUCGACAUAGUAUAUGAUCUUUGCGGAAAUAUUUGGAUUUCAACAGCGCGUGGAGAAGGAGACGAAUCGCCAUUGAUGAUAUUGUUUUUACGAACAGAAGAUAACCAGUAUGAAAAGACACCCAGAGACCACAGUCUUAUUAAGGACGUAAAUGAGAAGGGAUCAGCAUUUGCGGAUAAACUUUCCGAUCUAUACCGAACCGGGCAACUUCGUAAAGUAUAUGAAAUGCGAGACCGGAAAAGUAAUAAUGGAGACAAUGCGGACGAACAGGAUGCAGGAAUAAAUUCUUUUUCACCAACGACUGAUGUGGGAACUAGUUCGAGCAAGCGAGCGAAACUGAAUGAUUUGUAA